UUCGGGCGCUUCGGCGCCCGUGGUCGCGACGGACCGGUAGGAUUGCGGACCCCGUCGGUUUGCUACGCUCGGUGGAGGAGAGAUGGGGAGGCGUUGGGGGGGCCCUGAGAUAGGAAGGAGCCUCCCCCUCGACGCCUCCCGCGACGCUAACCCCUGAGCCGUGAUGCGAGCGUGGGUGCUAGUCUCCGCGGUGCUCUGGUGCCUCACUGGAGUUGGAUGGCAGCGUUUCUCCCAACGCACUAAGAAAGGCUUCAUUUAUGGCCAGCCGGGACACCCAUUGAAAAUAUAUGUAAAAUUACAUCACAAUAGCCCAGUCAUUGUCUGUAUGGAUUUGAAACGUGCUAAAAAAGAAAUAGUGGACCCCACCUACUUAUGGAUUGGGCCUGAUGAAAAAGCAUUAACAGGAAAUAAUCACAUAAAUAUAACUGACACAGGAAAACUGAUAGUGAAAGAUUUUUUGGAGCCUUUGUCCGGAUUUUACACAUGUACUCUUUCUUAUAAGACAGUCAAAGCAGAAACACAAGAAGAAACAAUUGUAAAGCAGCGAUACGACUUUUUGAUAUUUGCUUAUCGGGAACCUGAUUAUUCAUAUCAGAUGGCUGUACGUUUUACCACAAAAUCUUGCAUAGGAAAAUACAAUGACCUGCUCUUUAGAGUGCUGAAGAAAAUCUUGGAUAAUUUAAUCUCUGAUUUGUCAUGCCAUGUCAUAGAACCAUCAUAUAAAUGUCAUUUUGUUAAGGUUCCAAAUCGUGGCCUCGUACAUGAGCUCUUUAUAGCCUUUCAAGUUAAUCCUUUUGCACCAGGGUGGAAAGGUACAUGCAAUGAUUCUGUUGACUGUGAAGAUAUCACAAAUCAUAAUAUCCUGGAGGCAAGAGAUCGAAUAGAAGAAUUUUUCCGGAGCCAAGCAUAUAUUUACUACCAUGACUUUAAUAAAACUCUACCAGCUAUGCAUUUUGUGGACCACAGUUUUCAAGUCGUCCGUAUGGAUAGUUGUCGUCCAGGCUUUGGGAAAAAUGAAGGUCUACAUAGUAAUUGCGCUAGCUGUUGCGUGGUUUGUAGUCCUGGAAUGUUUAGUCCUGAUGUCGAUGUUACUUGUCAGACCUGCGUUUCCGUCCAUAUCUAUGGAGCUAAAUCUUGCCAGUAAUCUUCAAACGAGAACCAAAAUAUGCAGACAAGAGGGGAAAGCAUUGUUAGCUCAUGGAGGUGGAGGACAUAAGAUGAUUUGUUCACAUCCCAGAGAAUCAUAUAUAGUUCCACUCAGUAAGAUUCAGUAAGAUCCAGUAAGACAAAAACAUUGGACUAUACACAUUUUAGAAACUUUAAAAAAGAUGGGUGAUAUGGCAUUUCCAAGAAGGUAUUUCAUACGAUAUCUCCAAUGUACAAAGGAAAAUAGGUACUAAUGGAUGAUUUUUAAUGAGGUAUGUUUUGUUUACAAACUGAAUCUCUUGCUCUGUACCUCAGACUGUUAAGGUCAAGAAGAGUAGCAAAGUAUAAUAUAAUAAAAACCAUACUUUUCAUACUAUUAAUUUGAAAUCACUCUUGUAUGUUAUAAAGGCAUAAAUGUUACCCUUGUAAUUAAAACCAAAAAAGUUGUUUCUUU